AUGAAGCGCUCUUUCCUGAAGUGGUUUCAAAGCCGCGGCCAGAAGCAGCAGGACCCCUCUUCUUACGAAGGGGUGGUGUGCGAACCCGAUGCCUGUUCAGUGGCCUCGCAGGAUGUCUUUAAGGUGAUCUCAGAUGGAAGUACUUGCAGACUUCGAAGUUUCAUUAAAAAGAAUCGUGAAGGACUUAAGAAACUGGAUCAGCUGAAUGCUACACCAUUGCACCAUGCUGCAGGAAGAGGUCAACUUGAGUUAAUGCAAAUGAUCAUGGAUGAUUCUUCAUUUGAAGCUCUAAAUGUGGCAGACUCGUCUGGAAAUACACCACUGCACUGGGCUACAAAAAAACAACAGACUGAAAGUGUUAAAUUACUUCUCAGCAGAGGGGCCAAUCCAAACAUCCUUAAUUCCAAUAUGGUUUCUCCACUUCACUGGGCUGUGCUGUACCUUUUAAAUGAUUUAGUUAAGAUUUUCCUUGAAUGUAGCACUACGGAUGUAAAUCUGGAAGGAGAGGGUGGGAAUACGCCUAUAUUAGUAGCAUGUUACAAAGAUAAUUCGGAAGCACUGAAACUUCUGAUUGAAAAUGGCGGUGACAUUACUAAAGCAAACAAUAUGGGCUGUAUGCCAGUCCAUGCAGCUGCCUUUUCUGGUUCGAAAUUAUGUUUGGAGAUUAUUAUAAAGCGAGGUGAAGAACUUGGGUAUUCACCUGAAAAUCAUAUUAAUUUUACUAACAAUGGGAAAUGUAGCCCUCUUCAUCUAGCAGUCCAAAGCAGAGACCUGGAAAUGAUUAAAAUGUGCAUUGAAUAUGGAGCACAGAUUGAUCUGAAACAGAAUGACAACUGCACAGCUCUUCAUUUUGCUGCUACCCAAGGAGCUACUGAGAUUCUCAAGUUAAUGAUGUCAUCUUAUACAGGAGAGGAAUCUAUCAUUGAUGCAUUAGAUGGAAAUAAAGAAACAUUGCUCCAUAGGGCUGCAUUGUUUGAUCACUGUGAACUUGCAGAAUAUCUCAUUUCAAAGGGAGCAAAUAUUGAUAGUGUUGACAUUGAAGGUCGAACACCAUUACUACUUGCCACUUCUUGUGCGUCAUGGAAAACUGUGAAUCUGUUACUUUCAAAAGGAGCAAAUGUAGAAUUAAAAGAUCUCCUUGGUCGUAAUUUUUUACAUCUAACUGUCCUACAACCUGGAGGGUUACAGCAUCUGAAUGAAGAUUUUUUGAAGAUGAAACAUUUUGAAGAUCUUAUAAAUGAGGAGGAUCAGGAAGGAUGCACCCCUUUACAUUAUGCAUGCAAACAAGGCGUACCCCUUUCUGUGAAUAUCCUUCUUGAAAUGAAAGUUUCUGUAUACUCUAAAAGCAGAGACAAGAAAUCUCCAUUACAUUUUGCAGCUAGCUAUGGACGAAUCAACACGUGUCUUCGACUUCUGGAGGCUAUGGAAGAUACUAGACUGUUGAAUGAAGGAGACAAGAAAGGGAUGACACCUUUACAUCUGGCUGCUCAAAAUGGACAUGAGAAGGUAGUCCAGUUUCUCCUAAAGAAAGGUGCCCUCUUUCUUUGUGAUUAUAAAGGCUGGACAGCUUUGCAUCAUGCCGCUUUUGGUGGAUAUACUCAUACAAUGCAGAUUAUUUUGAAUACUAAUAUGAAAGCCACUGAUAAAGUAAAUGAUGAAGGGAACACAGCUCUUCAUCUUGCUGCCAGAGAAGGCCACGCAAAAGCAGUGAAAUUACUUCUUGACGACAAUGCCAAAAUUCUCCUGAACAGAGCUGAAGCUUCUUUCCUUCAUGAAGCCAUACACAAUGGCCGAAAAGAUGUUGUAAAUGCUGUCAUUUUACAUAAAAGAUGGGAAGAAUCUAUAAUAACAUUUUCUCACCAUUCUUCUAUAAACAAAUGUGCAAUACUAGAGAUGGUUGAAUAUCUUCCUGAAUGUUUAAAAUUGGUUUUAGACAAUUGCAUUAUUGAAUCAUCUGAUGAAAAAGGAUCUAAAGACUUCUGUAUUGAAUAUAACUUCAGAUAUCUUCAGUGUCCGCUGAAACUUAAGAAGAAAUUUAAAGAGAAUGGGGAAAUAAUUUAUGAGCCACUUCUUGCUUUAAAUGCCAUGGUACGUCACAAUCGUGUUGAACUGCUUAGUCAUCCUGUUUGUACAGAAUAUUUACUUAUGAAAUGGAUGGCCUAUGGUUUCCGAGCACAUAUUUUGAAUCUGGCUGUGUAUUCCCUUGGCUUAAUACCUCUUACCCUCCUGAUCACCAAUUUAGAGCCAGAUGUUUGUUUCAAUGCAACACUUAAAUAUGGACCUUUUGAUAAUAAGGAUUCAAACUUCAUUAAAGUUUGUAUGUCUUUAGUUUUUAUCAUGAGUUUAUUUGGUAUCUGCAAAGAAAUAAUACAGCUAUUCCAACAGAAAUUAAACUACUUGUUGGAUUAUUCUAAUCUUCUUGACUGGACAAUUUAUACUACAAGUAUCAUUUUCGUGUCAUCUUUAUUUGUGAUGUUACCAAUUCGUUUACAGUGGGACUGUGGUGCAAUUGCUAUACUCUUGGCUUGGACAAAUUUCUUGCUCUAUUUACAAAGAUUUGAAAAUUAUGGAAUAUAUAUUGUGAUGUUUUGGGAAAUUUUGAGGACUCUGAUACGAAUCGUUAUUGUUUUCUUUUUUUUGAUGUUAGCAUUUGGGCUCAGCUUCUAUGUUCUUCUUGGUUCACAGCAAACAUAUGGCACUCCAUAUCUUUCAGUAAUGCAAACAUUUUCCAUGAUGCUAGGAGAUAACAACUACCGUGAGGCUUUCCUUGAACCAAUGCUCGGUGAUAAACUCCCUUUUCCAUUCCUGAGUUUUAUAAUUCUCAUUAUCUUUUCUAUGCUUAUCCCGAUUCUUCUUAUGAACUUGCUGAUUGGUUUGGCUGUUGGUGACAUUGCAGAGGUGCAAAAGUUUGCUGCAAUGAAAAGAAUAGCAAUGCAGGUUAAUCUUCAUACAAACCUGGAAAAAAAACUACCAUAUUGGUUUCUCAGUAGAGUUGAUCAAGAAUCCAUUGUUGUGUAUCCUAAUAGACCUAGAUAUUGUGGCUUUAUGACUGUGUUCCAGUAUUGCUUUGGAUGGGAUAAUACAGCAGCUGAUACACAGAGUGCUGAUACAACAUUAGAACUAGAAGUAUUGAAACAGAAGUACAGGCUUAAGGACAUUGCAACUCUGGUGGAAAAACAGCACCAUCUCCUUAAACUAGUUGCACAAAAGAUGGAAAUAAUGUCUGAGGCAGAGGAUGAAGAUCCAAAUGAUUUAUUCCAGAACAAAUUUAGGAAAGAGCAGUUGGAACAUAAGGACAGUAAAUGGAAUACAGUGCUCAAAGCAGUGAAAUCGAAAUGUGCCUAAUUUGGUUACAACAAUCCAGAUAUUUUUUUAUAUAAAAUAGCUUCCUAGUAGGAAACAGAAGUUAACACUGUGGCAUUUUAAGUUGGAACAGGAGUUACCAUUGUGGAACAGUAGUACGUCAAUGUGGUUUACGGAUUGAUUAGCAAGUCCCCUCAAUUCCAGUCAAGCUGGUUAAGAAACAAAUACUAGGCUAUAUAAUGCUGGAUAUUCCCUUCCUCUUGCCUCCCGGUAGAUGAUUGCUCACUGUAUUAUUGCAAUAGUGGCUAAACAGGACUGGCUGAAUCAAAAACUUAUCUCAGCAUAACUACCAUAAGUUUCUGUGUUUUGUAUUUAGAGGCUUUUCUACAGCGGCAUGGUAUAAUAUUAAUUUAAUUAUUACCAUACAUUAAAAUAUUCCAACAGGGGAAUAUAUAAAAGACUUAGUUUCUUAAAUAUUAACACAUA